GUCCCACCACAGGCCCUAAACUCCUUUCAACUCUUUCCAGUAAUCUCCUUCACCAUGUCCACCACCACCGCCACUCCAUCAGAAAUCCUCCGCCACACUACCGCCUUCCUCUCCGAACUCCUCUCCCAACCGGACCUUCGCCACCGCCUCCUCUCCACCCUCCGCAACAAAAUCUCUCACUCUAAUCGAAUCUCGUCGAAAUCCCUAAACCUCGCCGCCGAGACUCUAGAGAACGCAAUCUCCACCUCCGAUCCCUACGCCCAAUCCUCGUCUCUCUAUCUCGCCGAGAAACUUCUCCUCUCCUACCCCCAUAGCUCCUUCUCCUCAAUCCUCCUCUCCCUCAUUUACUCUCUAUGUAAUCAACCAACCAACGCCUCCCUCAGCCUCCUCCGAAUCUUCUCUCUAGAACCUUUAUUGGCUCGAUCAGACAUUGCACCGAUCCUCUUUGAGGAACUAUUUCUAGUCCAUCUUCUCCCUGUUCUUCAAUGGUUUAACGAACAGAAGUCGAGAAUUAUGUCGUCUUUAAUGACUAAUUCGGGAUACGAGAGUGAUGAGAAUUCGAUUUAUGAGGUUUCGGUGGUGUUACCGAGCAAUAAGUUGUUGUCUCACAUGAGUGGGGAUCAAGCAUUUGAGUUGAAGGAGCUUGAGAGCAGUUAUGAGGAGGUUCUUGAUGAGAAUUGCAGGGUUUUCGCUAACUACUUCAAAGAGGUUUUGGAAAAUAGUGAUGCAAAUAAGUCUAUUAGUCCGCCGUCUGUGAUUUUGAAGGAAGUUGGAGAUGGUGAGCAUAGUAAAGAUGAGAAGAUCAAACUGGAAGAACUUGGAUUCAAGAACGGACGGUAUAAUCCAAUAUGGACUGAAAAGGAAAGGUCAGUUGAACUCCGCAGCACCAGUGGCAGCAGCAAAUUUAAGUCACCACCAUUUUAUCCUGAAAGAAUCUCUCCAGAACUCCUGAAAAACCAGAAUUAUAGGGUAUUAAAAACAUCACCAAAUUUGUACUCUGAUUCUGAAGUUGGCUCAUCCUUGGACGACAAUUCAGCAGAUUACUUAUCGAUGGAAUUUGAACCUGAAACUCAGGAAAACAACAGAAGAAUGACAUUGUUCCAGCCUAGACAAACUGGAAUCCAAAAGCUAAAGCAGCUGGUUUUCGAAGAAUCCAGUUUCUCUCCAGGCCUCCUGAUGGCAGAUACGGAUAAUCCACCUGGCAGUGGAAAACAUACACCUCCCAAGGACUUUGUAUGCCCCAUUACUACUCAUCUAUUCGAUGAUCCGGUGACUCUUGAGACAGGCCAAACAUAUGAACGCAAAGCAAUCCAAGAAUGGCUUGAUAGGGGAAACUCAACAUGCCCAAUUACACGCCAGAGUCUGCGUAGCAUCCAGUUGCCUAAAACCAACUAUGUUCUCAAAAGGCUUAUUGCAACCUGGCAAGAACAGAACUCAGAUGCAGUCUCAAACCAAUUCGAAAAUCUGCGCCUUGAGCCUGAGCCAGCUGUCAAAUCUACCAUGCCCAUAAAUACUUCUCCAAUCAGUGUCAUAAGCCAAGCCGCCAUGGAAGGGACACUUGGUGAGCUACGACAUGCCAUUACCGGUCUUUGUAUGUCAGAAAUUUUAAAGGAAUCUGAAAUGGCCGUUCUUAGGAUUGAACAAUUUUGGCGGCAAGCGAACAUGGAACUGGAUAUCCAGAUUAUGCUCUCAAAACCGCCAGUGAUCAAUGGGUUUGUCGAAAUCCUUUUCAAUUCUGAGGAUCCGCAGGUUCUUAAAGCAACUACGUUUCUCUUGUGUGAGCUGGGAUCAAGAGACAAGACUGUGAUCCAGACCCUUACUCGAGUUGAUUCUGAUGUGGAAUGUAUUAUGGCUCUUUUCAAAAAGGGGUUAUGGGAGGCAGUUGUUUUGAUAUAUUUUUUAAGACCUUCCACCAUGAGCCUAGUAGAGAUGGAUUUGGUAGAGUCUCUGUUAAUGGUUCUUAAGAAGAAAGAAGAAGAUUUGGUUACCAUGUGCUUCAAGCCAAAAACAGCUUCAAUACUUCUCCUGUGGCAGAUUCUUGGUGGCAGUGAAGAGAACACUGCAUCUUCAAUUGCAAAAUCCAUUAUUUCUACAAAAAUGGUUGAUGGCAUUGUUGGCAGAUUGGAAGCCAGGGAGAUAGAGGAGAGGGCCGCAGCUGUUGGAAUCUUAUUGAAAUGCAUGAUGGAGAAUGGGAAAUGCAGAAACGCCAUUGCUGAUAAAGCUGAAUUGGCUCCUGUUUUGGAAAGCUUUUUAGGUGCAACUGAUAAAGAAAGAUUUGAGAUUGUUCAUUUUCUGUCUGAGUUAGUGAAACUGAACAGGAGAACAUUCAAUGAGCAAAUUCUCCAUAUCAUUAAGGAUGAAGGUGCUUUCAGUACAAUGCAUACCCUCCUCAAUUAUUUACAGAUUGCUACCCAAGAUCAGCGCCCUGUUGUUGCUGGUCUCCUACUUCAGCUUGAUCUACUGGCUGAGCCAAGAAAGAUGAGUAUAUAUCGUGAAGAGGCCAUAGAUACUCUUAUUUCAUGCCUCAGAAAUUCCAAUUUUCCUGCUGCUCAAAUAACAGCUGCAGAGACAAUUGCCUCACUGCAAGGACGGUUCACUGCCUCAGGAAAGUCCCUUACCAGGGCCACUCUUCUAAAACGUGCAGGGCUUCCAAAAAGUUACAGAAGUCUUAUGCAAGCGGAGCAGCUUAGCAACAUUUCUGGAGAAAUAGAAGAAACUUUGGAGGAAGAGAAGGCAGCUAGUGAUUGGGAAAGAAGAAUGGCAUUUGUUUUAGCAAGUCAUGAUUUUGGGCUGUUAUUUGAGUCCUUAGCAGAAGGCUUAAAGAGCAGAUAUGCCGAGUUAUGCUCAGCAAGUUUUAUUUCAGCAACAUGGCUUGUACAUAUGCUUGGUGUUCUUCCAGACACAGGAAUCCGAGGAGCAGCCAGAGUCUGCUUGCUGAAGCGAUUUGUAUCAAUAUUGAAGUCUGCAAAGGACAUUGAAGACAAAGCCCUCUCUUUGCUUGCUAUUAACAGCUUCAUGAACGACCCUGAUGGACUGCGUGAUUUAACUCCACAGAUGAAGGAUAUUAAGAAAGUUAUGAAAGAGAUUAGGAAAUCCAUUCCCUUGGCAGUUAAAGUUCUGAAAGUUCUCUCUGAGGGGAAUGAUUCUAAUGUCGACAUGUGGAAUCACAAAGAAUUAGUUCAAGUAGACUGCAGCAGGAAUGGAGAAGUGCUAUCGAUAGUUUGCUUUGGAGACAUGAUAUUUUCUGGCCAUUCAGAUGGAAGUAUAAAGGUCUGGACUGGUAGAGGUAGCAUUCUUCAUCUUACCCAAGAAACUCGAGAACAUCACAAAGCUGUCACUAGCUUGGUAAUUUUACAGGAAAGGUUGUAUAGUGGUUCACUUGAUAAAACUGCAAGGGUCUGGUCCAUCAGCAGUGAAAUCAUCCAUUGUGUUCAGGUGCAUGACGUGAAGGAUCAGGUUCAUAAUUUAUUGGUUGCCAAUACCAUGUCAUGCUUCAUUCCACAGGGAGCUGGUGUCAAGGUUCACUCAUGGAAUGGAGAGUCCAAAACUUUGAAUCCGAACAAAUAUGUGAAGUGCAUGGCUCUCGUACAGGGAAAAUUAUACUGUGGAUGCCACGACAGUAGUAUUCAGGAAAUUGAUUUGGCAACAGGGACAUUCAGUAGCAUUCAGAGUGGUUCCAGAAAAUUACUGGGAAAAAAUAACCCUAUUCAUUCGCUUCAAGUUCAUAGUGGACUGAUAUAUGCAGCCAGCUCUGGCUUAGAUGGAGCAGCAGUAAAGAUAUGGGGUGCUUCAAAUUAUGGUCAUGUUGGUUCGUUGUCAACUUCAAUGGAAGUGAGAGAAAUGGCCAUAAGCUCAGAGCUGAUUUAUUUGGGAUGCAAGAAUGGAGCAGUAGAAAUCUGGGAUAGAUUGAAGCAGACUAGAGUAGAAACACUGCAAAAUGGCACAAAUGGUCGGAUUCUUUGUAUGGCUCUUGAUGAAAAUGAAGAAUUUUUGGUUACUGGAACAUCUGAUGGUCGGAUUCUGGCAUGGGGACUGUUCUAGCAAAGAUGACACUGUAAAUGAUGAUGAAUUUUGAGAAAUUAUUUGCCAAAAUUCUAUUGCACACCCAUCAAAUAACCUUCUAUGUGGAGGAGCCAUCACUGAAGAAUGUAUAUAGGUCAGAACUCAAGUAUUGAUUGCUGUACUUUCAUAUACAUCCACCUGAAUUGUAAUGUCAACUUAUAGUUUGUACAUAAACGUCUUCAUGAAUUGUGUGCUACUGGAAUCACUAGAAAUAGAAAGGAGAGCAAGUGUACAAAUA